AGGAAGUUUACAAGCAAAACCAAAACUUCUAUUCAAGGCUAAUAAGGCUUAGUGGCGACAAAAAAUCAGCCAAAGAACUUGGCGACACACUAAUUAAUUGGGUAGAUGAAAUGGAAGGACCGUACACAAAAUAUUGUCUAAAAUUUCAACAAUGUCUUGACAGUUUACCAGAAGUCGAAAGAAACAUAGCAUUGCAACAAGCACUUAGCGACAUUUCGGCAGAAAUGAAUAUUCCGGUGUCAUUAGAUUUCUUCAUCGAUAUGCCGAUGAAAAGAAUUCAUUAUUACAAAAAAUUGUAUUCGCGUAUGCUUAAUAUCACUGAACCCGGACGUUCAGAUAAUAACGUAUUAUUAACCGUGAAUAAUCGGAUUGACGCGUUGAUCGAUCUGGAGAAGCAAGCAAGAACAUCAAUUCCAAGUGAGGAGACUAGAGUGUUAACGGAUAUAUCUGUGCGGAAUUCCUCACCGCUAAAAACCUCAAUGGCUAACACAUCCAUCCCUCGAAAUAAUCAACAAUUGGAAUUGGAAUCACUCGGAGACUAUGAAAAUAUUUUACCGGAGGCAGAGAAGGGACCACACUCAGUGACAGAUAUGAUUAUUUCUAAAAUCAUUGAUGAAGAAAGUCGACAUGAUCAAAAUAAUUCUAUAAAAGAACAGAUCCAACAGGUAUAUCCGGAUGUUGAUGCAUUCACAAAAGAUUGGACUUUAUCAGAACUGGAAAAAUGCAUCGACUAUUCUCGAGUGAUGGAUUUGAUUUCUAAACAGGUUAAGAAAAUGAGCGUCUCUUUGCUGCCACCAAAUUUACCAUUCGAUCGAAAGAUAAUUUUAUAUUCUGAUUUUGUGAUGGAAGUUCCGAAAAUUCAAGAGACCGAAAGCAGUGGCAGAGCCUAUAUCAAUGCACAUGUGUUCCUGUUAACCGAUCUUCUAUUGAUUUGCCAGAAAAUUGAACCAGAGGCAAAACGAGAAAAUUCUGAUCUCGAAUUCUACUUGUUGUACCCACCGUUGAGUGGGAGACAUUUGACAAUUACUGACAUUAGCAGCGAAGGAGAAAUGGUGGAGAUAACUCUCUUGAACAGGGAGAGCUUGAUAUUGUUCCCGACUGAUGCAGAGACAAAGCUUAUUUGGUUGAAAGAGUUGAAAAAAAUCAUAGAGUUUGCUAAUAAUCCAAGGAGAACUAUUAGUGUUUUUGUCAGGAAUUCUCGACUUUCGCGAAAAAGCUCAAGUUCAGGAACUCUAUCAAGGAAAUCUUCAUUUAGAGAACCUGGAAAUGACGAACAUUCGCCAUCCACGAACGAUCAUACUGUUGAGAGUGUUGACCACAAGAUCCUGACUGACGCAAAUCAAAUAUCACCUCCCACUGAAGUUAAUCCAAUGCAUGAUCGUACAAUUGUUGAAACUCAAACUCCUCUACCCUCAAAGAAUGGAUCCCUAGCACAUGAGCGUAAUUUGUUAUAUGAUGACCCUAAAGGUUCCAGAGGAACAUCAACACUUCUAUUAUCAACGCUCAAUCGUAAAUCGUCACACGGCAAUCAUAGAGAUUCCAUGGAAACGCCAACACCGUCAGCGUCUAAUCGUAAAAAAUCAUAUAGCAAUCUUAAGAAUUCUAGGGAGACAUUAACCCCUCCACUGCUCAAAACCGAAUUGCCAGCACUCAAUCGCAAGUCGUCAUUUGACGUCCACACCACAAAUAUCAAAAAUAACAUGUUACGUUCGCAUACACCGGAACCUCCUCAAAACUCGGGUGGAAAAUAUCCAGGAGAUUACACACCAACAGAUAUUAUAAAAGAUCGAAAUAAUAUUCAAGAACGCAAUAGCGAUCCCGCGAUCACCCCAAUGCGAGAGUCGAUGUUCGCAACGGGUGCACGUUCAGUCGUCCGUUCGAUAAGAAAAUUUGAGGAGACGGUUUACAGGUUGUCGCCAUCCAAUGUUGAUCGUUGGGUUGGUGGUAUAUGGGAGCCAAUUACAACAAAAGACAAUUGUACCGUUGAAGUUAAAAUUACAUCCACGAAUGUGGGAUGUUGGGUUAUCAUGUUACAUAAGAUCAAUCAAAUCAUUCUCAAUUCAUGGAUACACCCAGGCACUACCAUACACCUAGACUCCGCGAUGCAGGUUAGUAUAUCAUGUGACAUUGGACAAAGCAGGCAGUAUUACAGGGUCACCUGUGCCGAACCCGAAGACGCGAAACAAUUAUUUGAGAAUUUAAACAAUGUCAAAAAUUUGUCAAACGGAAGCGUUACGGCGCAAGGAUCUUUGAGUUCACGUUCCUCGUCAUUGCAAAAAAGUGAGAGGGAAAACACCAAAAGUGCUAUGAUGAAUUGGCAUCCGAUCUCGCGUCUUCAAACAAAUGAGGGAGCCGAAAAUGCGUUACCACAGGUGUCGGAGCACAAGGUCAAAAUAUUUCUGCAGAACGAUCAUGGCGUGUGGACAAAUUUCGGAUGGGGCAUGAUGAGCUUGGUGAUAGAGACACCCCAAAGAAAGCGAAUCAUGGUUAAUAGUAACAGACAAAAAGCAAAGCUGGUGGAUGCUAUCUUAUGGGAAGACGGAGUGGAGCGAGUGGGUAAAACCAAUAUCGCCAUUACCCUGCACAACGUAGAUACCAUCAUGAGGAUCGUUUACAUGAUGCAAAUGAAGGAUGAGAAAACAGCCGAGAAGGUAUUUGAAUUAAUGAAGGCGAAAAGAAUUGGUGGGUAG